AUGACGCCCGGCGAGGUCGAGCUCCGCGCCCUCGCCACGCACGCCCGCCAGCAUGUGGCCAGGCGCAACGCCUCUCUCUUUGCGCAGUCGUGGGUCCCAUCGAGUAGCAAGGCCAUCGUACUCCUCGUGCAUGGCAUGAACGAGCACUCGGGGUACCUGCAUCGGCUCACCGCCGCCUUGCUGCGCGCAUCAUACGGCGUGUACGCGUUUGACCACGAAGGCUUUGGCCGAAGCUCGGGCACGCACGCGCUCGUGACCGACUACGCAGCGCUCGUCGACGACGUCCAAGCGCACAUUGCAUUGGCACGCGCGACGUGGCCCGAGAAGCCGAUCUUUCUCGCCGGCUGCUCAUUUGGCGCCGCGCUCAUCGUGCACGCGCUAUUGCACUCGCUGGAAGGCAUUGACGGCGUGAUCCUCCAGGCCCCAGCGCUCCAACUGGCCGCGAACCGCCGCCCGCCUGCCGUCGUCGAAGCCCUCGUCAGUGUUCUCGCUCGCAUCGCUCCUCGCCUCCCGAUCGUUCCGUCCAACGGCGGCAAGGGCUCGAGUCCGCUCGUGCGCGCCGCCGUCGUGGCCAAGAAACGCGCCGACCCGCUCUACUACUCGGGCAAGGUGCGUCUCGGAACCGCCUACUCGGUGCUGCAGACCAUGGACGGUCUCCAGACGCCAGCCGCAACGGCGGCCUUUGCGUCGCUCAACGUCCCUCUCCUCGUGCAGCACGGUACCGCCGACGUGGUCUGCGCCCUCGAUGGCUCCGAGACAUGGUUCCACGCGCUCGUAAGCUGCCACGACAAGCAGCUCAUCGCGUACCCUGACGCGUGCCACGACCUCUUGCACGAGCCGGCGCCGAUCGCAGACGCGGUCGUCGCGGACCUUGUCGCGUGGCUCGAUGCGCGCACAACGUGA